GCGGUCCCUUUCAAAACGACAUGAGUUCGACCGUCAAUGAUAAUGACUAUAAAUAUCAUUUGCUGAAAAAUAAGAAAAAGGUUAUUUGUUUUUGUAUAAAUUAUGGACUGUUGUGAAUCGAAGAAAUAAUUCAACGGUGGUGUAGUAAACAUUUCUUGUUUUAAAUUCAAAUAUGGACUUGUUUGAAGAUUUACCUCCCCCAGACUCAAAAAUCGCAAAUGAAGAUAGCAGCCUUUUUGGUAAUCUUCCAGAGCUCAAAGCGGUAAAGCGAAAAUCAGAAAGUGAAGAUGAAAACCAACCUAGUCAAAAGCGUAAAUUACAUGGCAAUGUGAAAUUUCAGCUAAAAGGUUUUGUAACAGAAAGAAUGGGUGAAAGAGAGGACAUGCAAGAUGCUCAUGUUGUCUUAGAUGAUUUCACAACAGAAUUUAAAGAUCUUGAUAUACCAUCUGAUAUUUCCAGACUUGCUUACUACGCAAUAUUUGAUGGACAUGCUGGUGCAGAAGCAGCCAAAUUUGCAGCAAAUAAUUUACACAAGAAUAUUGUUCAAAAAUUUCCAAAAGGAGACGUUGUGAAUAAAGAUAAAGAAAUUAAGCGGUGUUUGAUAGACGCGUAUCGUAAAACGGACGAAGAAUUUUUGCAGGAAGCAAGCAAACAGAACCCAGUAUUAAAAGAUGGUUCCACAGCUGUUUCAAUAUUGGUGAUCAAUGAUAUUCUUUACGUGGCAAACCUGGGAGAUAGUAAGGCAUUGCUUUGUCGAAGUUCAGAAGAAGGAAAACACAGCGUUCUUUCUCUGACAAAAGAUCACUCCCCAACACAGUAUGAAGAACGACUUCGCAUCCAAAAGGCUGGUGGAAAUGUGCGAGAUGGACGAGUGCUUGGUAUUCUUGAGGUCUCGCGUUCUUUUGGCGAUGGUCGUUUUAAGGGAUGUGGUGUUAUAGCCACGCCUGAUGUUUUGAGAUGUUCUCUCACAGAAAAAGACAAGUUUUUGUUAUUGGCAUGUGAUGGAUUGUGGAAAGGUUUUGAAGUGGACGAAGCUUUGAAGUACAUCAAUAAUAUUUUAGAGAAAGAAAUGCCAAAAGUUCCAAACGCAACAUCUGAAGAGGAAGAAGAAACAAAUGUUUUUGAAAUUGCGUGCAGUCGUAUUGCUGGUGAUGCCAUAAGGAAAGGAAGUUCAGACAACGUCACUGUUAUGUUGGUGGAAAUAAAAAGCAAAUCGAAGGAGUUAAUAUAGAGAACAAAUACUUUGAAUAAAAUCUUCUAAAUUUUAAACAAAAAAA